AUGGCGGAGGAUAGCGUCCCAGAUUUAACCAGACCUCAAAUGUAUUUAUUUGGUGAGCACGUCUGUACUGCCAAGAUUAAUUUUAGUGCACAGUUAGUAAUGGCAGACAUUUGUCAUUCGUUACAUAGCUAUAGCUCUUCCACACACACCAAAUGUCUAUAUUAAGCUAGCAAUGCAUAUUAGCUUCUCGCGCCAAUUCAGCAAAACCCUCUUUUGUUUGCAAGUUAGCUAGCUAGGAAGCUAGCUGGCUAGCUAGCUAGCUUAACUUGUUAUCAAUGAUACUGUUAUAUUUCUGAUUUCAAUGUAGAAUGUCAACAGCUAUUUGCUUAGAGUUUGCUAACCUGUGUGUUGUGAACUUCAGGUUGUGCACUCAAAUCGGACAAAAAGGAGUUCAAAGUCGAGGUGGAGGACGAUGAUGCGGAUCAUCAGCUGUCACUCAAAGCAGUAAGAUCAUGAUGCCAAUUCUGAGAUCGAGUUUCCAAUUACAGAAUAUCAUGAUAUUGUAACUAGCUAGCUACUUUGCCAAAAGUUCAUCAUGGCGUUUUAAAACAAUAAAAAUGGCCAUCAGAAUUAGGUCCUGAAAACGGAUGCAUUUCAGUAUGCUACAACUACUGUGAGUUUCUUUAACUGUAAUGAUAUAGCUAGUUAUAUGUUCUUAAAUAUUAUUCAUCAAGUCCAUUUAUUUUUACACUUUUUGCAGUAUAUUUAUCUUUGCACCUGUGCAGACUGGCACCUGUUAGGGAUUUUUUGGGGACAAAAACGUUUUAUUUUAUGUAAUGGAAUAUGUAGUCUCUUUCACCUGUUUCCCUUUUGUUUCAUUACCUUUGGAAAAUAACAGAAGUCCCUUUGUACCAGUACGCCACAAUACCAAGUUCACCUUUGUCAACAUAAUGAGUAGAGAUUUCUAAUAGUCACAGUUCUUUGAUGUGUAUUUAAAGGAAUAACAUAUUCAUCAACAGACAAUGUGUUUUCUUAUACUUAGCUGACCUUCUGCUCAUUUUCUUACCAUUGCAAAUGAUCCAGUUCCUAUCCUCUAAAUAGAUAUCCUCAUUGUAACAUUCUUUCAGUCACUCAAGCAAAGAUGAUGAUUGACAGACAAAUGAGGGAGACUGGAGGGUGUUGGCGUGUUCCAACAUGGAAAAACAUACAGUAUCAUAUCUGUGAAACAGCUGUGUGUGUUGGUGUUGCAGGUGUGCCUGGGUGCGGAGGCCGAGGAUAAGUUUCACACGGUGGAGAUCGAGGGCGUCACAUACGACGGAAAGACCACCAAAAUUCCACUGGCUGUGCUGAAGCCGUCCGUGCUGCCCUCUGUGAGUGUUUUAGAAUGAUGAAUCUCCAUAAUUCGUGCUCUUACUCACCGUAAGCUUUAGGAAUGUUCUUUUAACCUUGUCCCUUAUUCCACUUUUGUAAUAGCGAAAAACACUCCACUCCAUUACCAUGCAAUUACUAAGAUAACAUGUGUUGUUACUGUAGUAAUUACAGUGUUACUACACAGGUCUACACAGAUGCUACAGGUAUUUUUGGCCAUGACCCAAGUCACAAUACUGGGCUGGAUUCAAUGAACCACACAACCUAUUACUAUUGCACAUUUUUGCACACGCUACAUUGGUGGCUAUAGAGACAGCGACCUACGCUUGUUAUGACAAGGUCAUGCCAGUGAGGGGCUAUGUCUCCAUGAUGUCAGCCUGGUUUCUCCUAAAGCAAUGAUAGGCAACUUUGAUGGGGGUGGGGGCCACAAAAAAUCUGAACUCAACAUGCGGGGCCACAGUGGCUUGCGGGUCUGCGUACCCACAUCUAUACCCACACAUGCAGUCAGAGCUAGCCCUAGCCUUUUGAGGACCCUAAGUGAAAUUUAGUUGGGGAGCCCACCAAAACAAUUUCCUGCAAUUCUGCACAUUUUGCCAUGGGGCGUAGAGAAAAUAUUGCCGUUUUAAAGCAAGUUUACUGCAAUUCUGCACAUUUUACCAUGGGACGGAGACAAGAUUUAGCUAUUUUUUUAACUAACUUCAUACAAUUCUACUCAUUUUGCCAUGGGGCGGAGAGAAAUCUUUGCAGUUUUUAAUAUGAUAUCUGAGUGAGAGUGACUAACAAAAUCAAUGGAGGCCGGCGGUCGGUAAAUCGACCAUGAUUACUUCAAGUUUAGAUACUGUAGCUGGCCGCUAGACUAACUUACCAAUAAAUAAAAAAUGCUCUGUGACUGACAUAACAAGAGAGAAACUGCUGAUGCACAACCACAUUUUGAAAUUGCACCCUGUGUAUUCUAACUCUCAGCAGUAAGUUGACACCCUGACUGGCGGAAUUGAUCCACGAUCCUACAAAAGGCCGCUAGUUGCCCAUCCCUGUCCUAAAGUAAUCCAGUUUCUACAUAUUAAAUGGAAAAUAUGACUGCCGCCCUGAUCCAGAGGUCCAGAGAACACUGUCACUGUUUCUGACUUCUAAUAUUGUAACAUGCUUGGCUUGUUGUCUGCUGCUUGACUUGUGUGUGUUUUGGUUCUGGUUCAGGCUUGAAAACACUAGCUGGGAGUGGAUAAUUGUGUUACUUUAUGGAAGUUAUCACUACCUGAACACUUCAACAGUAGUUACUCUAAUACCUACACCUGUGUUUUGUUUGGUUGCCAUCACCACCAGAACAAUGGCCUGGUACUUAGGAAUUCACAUUCACAACUGUCUGGCAGCACCCACAACUUUUAUGUUUAGCAAGCAGAUACAAGUGAAUAGAUGUUUUGAUUUUAAUAUGGUAAUACAUUAAUAGAUCAUUUGAUAAGAUACCUUUGCUAGCAGAUCCAUGGGGUUCCUUCCCCAUGGGGAAAAAACAAGUUGAAUGUACAUUCUCUAAUGUCAUUUGUGAUGUUGAACUUCUAUGUUUGAUAGUUUCAACCUCUCAUAAAUGUGAAACACUUAAAAUAUUGAUUAUUUUAUUCCUCAUUUGAAUGCUCUCCCCUGUUUGGCAGGUGAGUUUAGGAGGGUUUGAGAUCACCCCUCCGGUAACCUUCCGCCUCCAGUCUGGCUGUGGACCAGUGUACAUCAGUGGACAGCAUUUUGUCAGUGAGUGACUUUUUAUUUGCAGUCUGCUCAUUUAGUUUCUUUGGGCUUGAUAUAAGGUGACAUUUUGACAGGUCAAGACAGCAACACUGAAUUAAUUAUUUCCACUUUGCAAAAAAAGAGGCGUAACCUAAUCUCAAUUUAUAGGUGUGAAGGACUCUGAUGAGGAAGAGGAGGAAAACAACACAUCACCUGUGAAGAGGCUGUCAAGCUUGACCUCAGGGAAGCGUCCUGCUCCGGUAAGUUCCUCCUGCUGUUUACUUAGCUCAUACAACAGGUAUAUAAUGGAAUAAACAUGUUGUAUUGUAUUAAACUGCAUACAUACAGUUGAAGUCGGAAGUUUACAUACACUUAUGUUGGAGUCAUUAAAACUUGUUUUUCAACCACUCCACAAAUUUCUUGUUAACAACCUACAGUUUUGGCAAGUCGGUUAGGACAUCUACUUUGUGCAUGACACAAGUAAUUUUUCCAACAAUUGUUUACAGACAGGACAGAUUAUUUCAAUUAUAAUUCACUGUAUCACAAUUCCAGUGGGUCAGAAGUUUACAUACACUAAGUUGACUGUGCCUUUAAACAGCUUGGACAUUUUCUGAAAAUGAUGUCAUGGCUUUAGAAGCUUCUGAUUGACAUAAUUUGAGUCAAUUGGAGGUGUACUUGUGGAUGUAUUUCAAGGCCUACCUUCAAACUCAGUGCCUCUUUGCUUGACAUCAUGGGAAAAUCAAAAUAAAUCAGCCAAGACCUCAGAAAAGAAAUGGUAUAAGUCCGGUUCAUCCUUGGGAGCAGUUUCCAAACGCCUGAAGGUACCACGUUCAUCUGUACAAACAAUAGUACACAAGUAUAAACACCAUGGGACCACGCAGCCGUCAUACCGCUCAGGAAGGAGACGCAUUCUGUCUCCUAGAGAUGAACGUACUUUGGUGCGAAAAGUGCAAAUCAAUCCCAGAACAACAGCAAAGGACCUUGUGAAGAUGCUGGAGGAAAUAGGUACAAAAGUAUCUAUAUCCACAGUAAAACGAGUCCUAUAUCAACAUAACCUGAAAGGCCGCUCAGCAAGGAAGAAGCCACUGCUCCAAAACAGCCAUAAAACAGCCAGACUACAGUUUGCAACUGCAAAUGGGGACAAAGAUUGUACUUUCUGGAGAAAUGUCCUCUGGUCUGAUGAAACAAAAAUAGAACUGUUUGGCCAUAAUGACCAUCGUUAUGUUUGGAGGAAAAAGGGGGUCACUUGCAAGCUGAAGAACACCAUCCCAACUGUGAAGCACGGGGGUGGCAGCAUCAUGAUAUGGGGGUGCUUUGCUGUAGGAGGGACUGGUGCACUUCACAAAAUAGAUGGCAUCAUGAGGAAGGAAAAUUAUGUGGAUAUAUUGAAGCAACAUCUCAAGACAUCAGUCAGGAAGUUAAAGCUUGGUCGCAAAUGGGUCUUCCAAAUGGACAAUGACCCCAAGCAUACUUCCAAAGUUGUGGCAAAAUGGCUUAAGGACAACAAAGUCUAGGUAUUGGAGUGGCCAUCACAAAGCCCUGACCUCAAUCCUAUAGAAAAUUUGUGGGCAGAACUGAAAAAGCGUGUGCGAGCAAGGAGGCCUACAAACCUGACUCAGUUACACCAGCUCUGUCAGGAGGAAUGGGCCAAAAUUCACCCAACUUAUUGUGGGAAGCUUGUGGAAGGCUACCCGAAACGUUUGACCCAAGUUAAACAAUUUAAAGGCAAUGCUACCAAAUACUAAUUGAGUGUAUGUAAACUUCUUACCCACUGGGAAUGUGAUGAAAUAAAUAAAGGAUGAAAUAAAUCAUUCUCUGCUAUUAUUCUGACAUUUCACAUUCUUAAAAUAAAGUGGUGAUCCUAACUGACCUAAGACAUGGGAUUUUUACUAGGAUUACAUGUCAGGAAUUGUGAAAAACUUUGUAUUUGGCUAAGGUGUAUGUAAACUUCCGACUUCAACUGUACCAUAUUCCUCAUCAGGCCUUAUUAACAAAAGUUUUAAAUACAUUGUGUUUAUUUCCCUUUGCAGAAGAAACUGAAAAUGGAGUCAGAUGAUGAUGAUGAUGACAGCGAUGAUGAUGAUGAUGCUGAGUAUGUAUAUUUGGUUGUUUAGUGUGUCUUGCGUCAUGUAUCUUUGUAGGACUACCAUUAGGUAACCUGACAAAUCAAUUUUCUUGUUCUAUUCUUUGUAGUGAUGAUGAUGACGAUAGUGAUGAAGAUGAGAGUGAGGUGAAAGUACAGAAAGUUCCAGCCAAACCAACCAUAAAGAAAGUAAGUCCUGUUAUUCUCUGUCCUCAAAUUUAGCAACCAUAAGACCUUGACAAAUGAUGCUGGGUAUAGAUGAUGAAUCUUACAUGUCCACUAGAUGUCAUGUUAGACAAGGACUUGUCCAUGUAGAGGAGCACGCCAAUAAGAAAUCCAACAAGUACUAUUAUGUCAUCUUAGAUAGCUAGGAUUGUGACACAUUUCACCAGACCUUGGAAUAGCCACAGGAUGAGACGUUUCACAACAUAAUCUAAAAUGUUGUAGGCAUAUUUUAUUGUCAAGUCUCAUUUGUGGUAUUGCAUAUCAGUGUCAAAGACCAUUUUGUCAAAUUCUUGUUGUUAUUGCAAGUCUGGUAAACUACAUGUUUUUAGUGCUCUCAUUUGCACUCGCUGACCGGCGGCCAUUUUGCUCGAGACGGAGUGGGGGAAACUUUUUCAUCUUGUUCCCUCUAGUACCCAUCUGGUUUUUCGAGACUAAAACACAGGGUCUGCGGGUAUAAUGAUCGCAUUUCUCCUCUGUAAUCUACCUCAACACUCACUGUUUCACCAGCACCGUGCAGAGCGAGACGCAGUAAAGACAAAAUGAGAAACACAGCCCACACGUCUAGGCAUGGGAAUUCCCAUUUCCUUAACCCCCGCCCCCUCACCUAGGCCUACAUGUCCUGUCCCUCUGUCCUCCUGCCGCAUCUUUCUUUAUUCUAUCUUCCUCUCUGACAUCCCCCCUUCUCUUGUCCAACAGUUCCUCAUUGCACCUGGCCUUUGUCUUUGAACAGUGUGUGUGCGUGGCUGUGAACGUGCGUGCCUGUGUGUGUAUCAUUGUGUGUGUCUGUUUGUGAUUUUGAAGGCAGCGUCCAAGUCUUAACUGUGCCAGGCCCGAGAGAGAUCAAAGCGAGGCAGAUGCACAUACCUGAUAUGAGCACUGACUCUAGCCCCAGGGCCAGAUGACAGCUGAGCCUUUCUGUCACCUGUUGAUUUAUUCUGCUAUCCCCCUCUACAGAUGCACAUCUUUAUUCGACUUCCUCUUCUUUUCUUUGCUCCGUAACUCUUUGUCAUGCUCAUACUGUAUUAUAGUGAUGAGCAGUGACAGCAUGGGUAUUAAUACGCUUCCUGGGUUGAAACACUGAGUGGAUGGCGAGCAUACUAAUUACUGUUCCCCCAAUACCCUCCUUUACUAAUUUCCCAUUUCCCUCCUUUUGAAGACUGAGGUAGUGUAUAUAGGCAGACAGGCAGGCAGGCAGGCUUCUAAGUGAAAUGGUCUAUUUUGACAAUAACAACACUUUUUUGCUGUGAACGUUAUGUCAUCCCAAUUGAAAAGAUUAGUAGAAUUGGAUUUUCUAUUUUGUAUGGUGCUUCCUGCAUGUCUCCCAACUAGUUCUGUUGUCUGUCAGAGCCCGGAGCCUUUGGGGAAGAAGCCGAAAAGUGUGACAUGGGCGCAGAAUGGCUCACCAGGGAAACAAGGGGGACCAUCAGCUAAACCUCAAACCAAG